AUGGCAGCUCCAGUGCAUGACAGUCUGGGGGAUCCAAAUGGUUCUAUUGAUGACUAUUCAUUGGUGAAAAAGAGGACCAACGUGCUGCUACUUGGAGAUCACAUUGGAGACCUGGGAAUGUCUGAUGGUUUAAACUACGAGAACAGGAUUGCUGCUGGAUUCCUAAUUUACGUAGAAAAUGUGGGGACAACUCCUGCUGAUACUGAAAUUGAUUAG